ACCACCACCACCCCCGCAAAACCCCCAAUUACAUGCCAUGUCCUCGACACAACCAUCGGCCGCCCCGCCGCCAACAUCCCCGUAACCCUAACUCUCCAUCCCUCCCCCUCCUCCUCCUCUUCCACCUCCAGUUCAACCUUAACCUUCACUGCAACAACAAACAGCGACGGUCGCGUAACCGCCUGGACGCCUUCAACCCCCUUCUCCUCCACCACACUGUCCGAAGCAUUCGCACAAGCGGGGGAUCAGCGGUAUGGAUUGACGUUUGACACGGAAGCGUAUUUUGGACAAAGGGGCAUAGCCACGUUUUUUCCCGAGGUCGAGGUCAAGUUUGUAGUGAGGGAAGGGGGGAAGGCGGAGCAUUAUCAUGUUCCGGUGCUGUUGGGGCCGUUUGGGUAUACGACGUAUCGGGGGAGUUAG